GUGUGUGUGUGUGUGUGAGUCUCUCUCAGUCAGUGGAGCUGGAUCAUGGCGCGGCGCUGCUCUGCCACGUCUCUGCCUCAGCUGAGCAGAUUAAAGGGUAGAUAUGUGCUGGUCUGCGCGCUGCUGGCCGCUCUCUGGAGCUCCGAAGCUCAGGCCGGACUCUACUCUGCUGUUGACCAGGUUCUGGUGCUGGACGCCGACAGCGUUUCUCGGAUCUUCAACGCUUCCUCGGCGUUCAUGGUGGAGUUUUAUGCGACCUGGUGUGGACACUGCAGUGCCUUCGCUCCAGUCUGGAAGAACCUGGCCAGUGACGUCUCAGAAUGGAAGCCUGCGGUUGACAUGGCGGCCCUGGACUGUGCCGACGAGAACAACAGAAGAGUCUGCACCGGUUUCGGCAUCACCGGGUAUCCCUCUAUAAAGUUCUUUCCUGCAUACUCCGGUGAGGACUUUACCGGCGAGAGUCUCAGAGAAUUUCCGCGGGAUGUCCGAGGCCUUCGCCGCCUCAUUAUUGACAAACUGGAGUCACACAAGGAACCAAGCCCCCCGGCAUGUCCACCACUGGAACCGGCCAGUGCUGCAGAGAUCGACGGCUUCUUUGAGAAUAAUAAUGUGCAACAUCUGGCGCUGGUGUUUGAGGAGAACAACUCGUAUGUGGGCAGAGAGGUGAUCCUGGAUCUGCUGCAGUACGAGAACAUCACUGUGCGUCGUGUUCUGAGUUCAGAGAAGGAUCUGGUCUCUCGGCUCGGAGUCACAGACUUCCCUUCGUGUUACCUGUAUUACACGCCUACCAACUACUCCAGACUCCCUGUGCUCAGUGAGGCUCGUGCCUUUUACUCUUACGCCCUCCAGAGGCUGCCGAGUGUAGUGCGGGCAGGAAGACCUUACCCAGCCAUCAAUGACCUGCAGAGGAACCAGACUGAGGAGCCAUGGAGGGAGUUCAACAGGACUCGUGUUUAUAUGUCUGAUCUGGAGUCUGCGCUGCAUUAUUCUCUCCGUGUGGAGCUCUCGGCUCACAGCACCAUCAGCGGAGACGCUCUGACUGCGCUUCGGCACUAUGUCUCUGUGCUGACCAAGUAUUUUCCAGGCAGGCCUGCAGUGAAAGGUGCUUUGAAGGCUGUGGGUAACUGGCUACAAGAUCAGAAGGAAACACAAAUCUCUUACAGUGACUUCAGAACAGCACUGGACAGCACAGUACUGAGCGGUGAGGGGGUCCUCCCUGCAGGUGUGAGGUGGGUUGGUUGUCAGGGGUCUCGGCCGCAGUUUCGUGGCUAUCCCUGCGCCGUCUGGACUCUCUUCCACGUGCUGACCGUGGAGGCCAACGCCUCGGGAAGCACAGAUCCUCUGGAGAUUCUCCAGGCUAUGAGGGAGUAUGUUAGCAGUUUUUUUGGCUGUCGGCCGUGUGCCUCUCACUUUGCCAGCAUGGCGCAGGACGUUUCGGAUGAUGUGACCACGCCGUCCACUGCCGUCUGGUGGCUGUGGUCUCGACACAACAGGGUCAACAGCCGCCUGGCAGGAGAGCCAAGUGAGGACCCCCACUUCCCAAAGAUCCAGUGGCCUCCCCCAGAGCUGUGCCCUAAGUGCCAUGGCCUAAUGCUGGGUGGAGAGCACACCUGGAACAAGGAUGAGGUGAUUGCCUUCUUGCGCAACUAUUUCUCCAGUGAACGCAUCUUGCCAGAUUACCUGCAGGAGGAGAGCGAGGCUGUGGCCCAGCAGAAAGCACUGCUUACAGCAGCCCAGCAACAGAAAGAUACCACCCGCAGAAAAGCUAGAGAAACUCAGGAGACGCCGUCCACUCAGCUGGGUCAGGAGGAAGAGGAGGAGGAAGAGGAGGAAGAGGACGAAGCAGCAGCAGUGGCCACUGAAGAGGAGGAGCCAGAGGGAAUGGGCGGAGCUACAGAGGCAAAAGAGCCACAUCCAGCAGGUGAAGAGCCAAGCCCACUUGUGCAGACUCCACCUCCAGGACGUCCACCCUGGGCCAGACGACGGAUAUCACGCAGACCUGCCAUUGUGGGGCUGAAGCUACGGCAAACUCAAGAGGACAUAGUGGACCUGGACUUGUUCGUCAACCAACAUUAUAAAGCCAAAGCACUCAGAGCAUUGUCCGCCAUGGCCGAACAGCAGCAGGAGGAUGCUGAAGAGCGGCGGCCGGAUAGCGUGAGGAGAAUGAAGCGGGAGCUUUUUGACCAGCAGGAGGCGCUGUUGAUGGAGCCGUACCCCCAUCCACAGGGGAAACGCUGGAUGUCUCUGCUCAGUGUUGGCUUCUCCAGGCUGGAUGUGAGUCUGUGCGUGUUGUUUUACUUGCUGUCCACCCUCUGCCUCACGGCCAUGUACCUGUACUUCAAACUGAAAUGGCGCCUCCGUAGGGCAAAAGUGGCACUGCCCUAGUUUUCAUCUACAUUAUGCCUCUAUACUGGAAAAUAUCAGGCAUAACGUAAAUGGAAAAGGGUCAGGAAUGGUUUUUAGUUGGGAUGCUCCAGUACCAAUCACUAAUUACGUUGUUAGAAUCUGCUUUUCGGUAUCUUUAUGCUUAAAGGUAAAGAUGCCACUCUAGAUAAUAAGAUUUUUACUAAAGAUGAAGGAAGACCAAACCUAGCUAAUACUGCUUUAUUAAUCUAGCAAUAAUUAAGUAUCAUCUAAAUACACAACCAAAGAAUUCUGUAGUAUGCAGAGUGUAUGAAAAUACUUUUAUUAUUAAAAAUAAGGUAAUUUUACUGCAACCCUACCAUAUAACAUUAGCAUAACCAUGCGAUUAUAGCAGAUGUUAUGUUGUCAUGAGUUAUUAUGACCGAUUUUGGUCAGUAAUAUAUCAAGGCCAUGUUACGAUUCCCCUUAAUUGUCAAUACAACUGUCAUAUUUGAUGUGAUGACAGCCAACUAGAUCAGCAGAAAUGUGGGACAUAAGUUGUUAUGACGUAAAGUGUUGCUCCAUAUGUCAUGGCAGUUAUUGUAUACAUUUACGGCAUUUGGCUGACGCUCUUAUCCAGAGCGACUUACAAUUUGAUUAUUUUACACAGGUAGGCCAAGGCAGUGUUAGGAGUCUUGCCCAAGGACUCUUAUUGGCAUAGUGUAGGGUGCUUACCCAGGCAGGAGAUUGAACCCCAGUCCACAGCGUAGAAGGCAGAGGUGUUAACCACUACACCAUCCAACCACAUUCCAAUUGUAGAUGGUAACAUGACACUAUUAUUUUACAGAAAAAAGUCAUUAGGCAUCUGCUAUAACUUGGUUAUGUCAGUGUUAUGUUUCAGGGUUUAAGUAAAAGGAUGAUUUGGUAAAUUUGGCUCAUACAUUUGGCGUCGCUCUAUUGGUGAUUAGCAAAUGAACGACAGAAAAUUUUCGGUUAAAACCUGUCCAUCUUUGAUCUGGAGCCGAUCAGUCGCAGCAUCCCUCAUUUUCACUCUUAAAAAUGAAGGUGCCAAAAAGGCUUCAUUGACAAAUGAUGGUUCUCCAAGGGUUCUUUCGUAAAGACAAUGGUUCUAUAUAGAAGCAUGA